AUAAUCUUCCCCUCUUGUUCAGCUUUUUUCGUUUAAUCGAUUAGCACACCACUUUUUUAAUGUCACUUCGGGAAAUAAUUUUAUCAAAAUGGAGAUAUCACAUAAAUUCCGUUGGGACCAAGUCCUGAUUUUGGCAGCGGCACUAAUGUCACCUGCAAUCACGGUGCUGUGUAAUGACAUCCUGGGCCUGAAGGUGGCAGGAGACCCAGUGUUGACCCCUAACUCGGUGUGCAUGCGACUGGCUGGUCUGAGCAAGCGCCAGAUGCGCCUGUGUCUCCGGAGCCCCGAUGUGACGGCCUCCGCCCUGCAGGGAAUACAGGUGGCCAUCCACGAGUGCCAGCACCAGCUCAGAGACCAGCGGUGGAACUGUUCCACUCUGGAGAGCCACGACAAGCUGCCCCACCAGAGUGCCAUCCUCAACCGGGGCUUCAGGGAGAGCGCUUUCUCUCUGUCCCUGCUGGCAGCGGGUGUGGCCCACUCUGUGGCGUCCGCCUGCAGCCUGGGCAAGCUCCGGGGCUGCGGCUGCGAGGCAAAGCGUCGCCUGGACGACGACAAGAUCCGCCUCAAACUGACCCAGCUGCAGUUGCAGACCCUCCAGAGGGGCGGAGCCAAAGCAAGCGUGGUGGGUGGCGGCGGCGGAGGAGGGCCACACCCCCAGGAGUUUGUAAAUGUGCCAGCAAGCCCUGUUUCUGCCCACCCUUCCCCCCUCCUCAAGUCACUGCCAAAGGACCUCAGCCCCCUGCAGGAGACCUGGGAGUGGGGGGGCUGUAGCCAUGACGCCCGCUUUGGGGAGAGAUUCUCCAGGGAUUGGUUAGACUCUCGGGGGUCUCCAAGAGAUAUCCAUGCACGCAUGAGAAUGCACAACAACAGAGUGGGCCGACAGAUCGUGACGGAGAACAUGAGGAGGAGGUGCAAAUGCCAUGGCACGUCUGGCAGCUGCCAGUUCAAGACAUGCUGGCACGAGUCCCCUGAGUUCAGGCUGCUGGGGUCUCUGCUCAGGGACAAGUUCCUCUCCGCCGUCUUCAUCAGCUCCCAGAAUAAGAACAACGGGGUGUUCAACCCUCGGGUCACGGCCGGGAACGGGGCAGGGCCGGGGCCCGGGUCAGGGGCCGCCGGGGCCACGGACAACGGCGGUCGGCGGAGUUUGUCCCGCGAGCUGGUCUACUUUGAGAAAUCCCCGGACUUCUGCGAGCGGGAGCCGUCCCUGGACUCCCUGGGCACCCAGGGCCGCAUCUGCAACAAGACCAGCCACAGCAUGGAUAGCUGCGGGGCCCUGUGCUGCGGCCGGGGGCACAACAUCCUGAAACAGACGCGCAGUGAUAGGUGCAACUGCCGCUUCCACUGGUGCUGCUACGUGCUUUGCGAGGAGUGUCGGGUCACGGAGUGGGUCAAUGUCUGCAAGUAGCCAAGCGGACCGCCCAGACCGUCCGGGACACCCAGAAGGGCCCGCCCAGGGGGACGUGUAUUACCUGAUAUUUUAUUGGGAUCCCGAUUAGCCGUUGCCAAGGUGGCGGCAGUUACUGUCUCUCCGAUGUCCCGGCGACCCUCUGACUCUCCAAGCCCAGGUCCAGCCACACACAGCUAUCGCGUGCCAAUGUUAAGUACAACAGGGACAAAUCCAAGACAACUACGCGCUGUUACUCCUCUUUGAGCUUUGGGACACGUACAAGCAGGGCUGGGUAGGGUUGAUUUUGAUAACAGCGAAACAACCCAGAAACGCCUGGAUCUCAAAGCAACCAAAAUGCCUGGCCCUGCACACAAGGAAUCCACAAGAGAGAGCCACUGUUUCUGGAUAGCAGGCUACUUGGUUAGGGCGUGGUCACAUUCUUUCAUGUCCUUCUCAACUGUCCUUCUCCAGGUUUCUUCUGGACAUUUCCAGGACACCAGAUGGCAAAAUCUACCCUUUAACUCAGUCCAAUGUACACACAUCCACCCAACCAGACCUUUCAUUGUAUUGUUUGUUUGUCUUUGCGCCGGUUAAGUCUCCCACAGAAUCUGUUUAUCCCCAAGUUCUCUCUCCUUUUUCUUUUUUCUUUCCGUCAUCUGGGAUCUAUUUUCCCUUUGUUGCCUGUUGUUAUUCUCAAAAUGCCAAGUCAGAGAUUGAAGAAGAGGUGACUCAUGUCAUCUAUGCAGCCUGUUUGGAUGCAGCCCUUUCAGCCAUGAAAAUCAGAAUGCCCUGGACCCCAUCUGCUCAGAAACAAAGAACAAGUCAAACAGCAGCAACAUGUCACUAUUUAAACGUAGUAAUGCUACUGUCGCUGUGUACAGAUUUUGCGUGAACAUGAAAAAGUUAUAUUAUUUUUCUAUGUAAAUUUCUAAUUUGUCUUCCUGGAGUGGCACCUGACGUGUGGGACCAGUUCAUGAAACAUAUGUGGCCCGGUGACUGAAUGUUGCUCUGCCCAGGAUGGUGAAGCUGAACGGAUGCCGUUAUAGUCAACAAGGCCUAAACACAACAGUGAGAACGCUGGGAGCGAGGCAUGUCAUGCCAUGAGAUCUGAUAUAGUGUGGUAAUGAACUCCAGAGGACAGUCAUGCUCAUUGGAGAUUUUGCACCUGUGCCCUCAAGACUAGAGGGUUUAAAUUAUUUAAUGGCGCCUACCCAAUUACAUGAACCAGGGGGGAAUUAAAGAAUCAGAUCUCAAGAGAACCAGGAAUGAUGGUUCCGUAAUAAGUUGCCACUGCCAAAUGGAUUUCGAACUGGGAUCUAGUGGGGACAGUUUGAUCUGCCUACGUUUUUUAAAAUCCACCACAGAGAAAAACCCAUGUUCGGCUCUCGGUUGAAGCAAAGAAGGAAUUUGAUGGAAUACUUUUGAUUCCUCUCCGAACUGAUGUUCCGGUCGCCUGGUAUGCCUUUAGAACUGUUAAAAUAAUAAUCGUGACCACACAUAUUGUAUUAUUGCUGUUGGGUUUUGUGAUGUCUUUUAGGGAAUCAAUACAAUUACUGUCACAUAUAUGCCUCCACUUUUUUUCUAGUCGCUGACUACUAAUUCUGUCAUUCAUUU